GGUUCGGCCAUAUUUCUAUUUGUGGAACCAGUAAAUAAAUGCGCACACACCAUUCCGCUGGGAUUCGUUUAUGAUUACGCUUGGAAAGCAGAUUAUGAGAAGGCGACUGCUCAUCAAUGUGUCUGUGGAUAUUUGUGUUGGCGAUAUUUUGGGAAUAAGAGCUCACCCUCGCUGUUACUAAUGGAGGACUCUCGGGUCGUAACUGCGACAAGCCAUAUGUUUUGCUUGCCGGUAGACAAAACAGCACACUACAGAAAUCUCGGAAUCGAGUGGCCGUGUGUUGUGCACACUGGUGUAUACCUGGACACCAGCGAAGUGCACCUUGAACCGGCAAUUGGUUGUACAAAACUGUACCCUUCAUAUCUUUGAUUAUGCAGUGCUGAAGUUGGUCUGGAGUAUUCCAAGUGCUUUUCUUUUUAUUCUUGUCUUGCAGUACACUUAAAGCAGAGAAAACGAUGACAAAUUUGAGAAUGAGGAAGCUAAUACGAUUGCUUUGCCUUGAGAGAAUCUUUUAUUUUAAAAUUCAUUUAAAAUGGUCAGUAAGCAGUACACAUGUGGUUAUAUUGUUUUCUUAACUAUUUUGAUUUCUUUAUUUAGCUGGGCAAUAUUGGAUUGAUACUAUAAUAAACAACACAGUUUUCAAUCUGGCACUCCCUCUUCUCGGCCAUUUAAGGAGAUGUGGGAUAGAUUUUCAGCUAAGACAACAGGAGUGAAAGUGGGCAUCGUGGACAUUAGUGAGAAUCCAGAACUGAGUGCCAGAUUCCUUGUGACUAAAUAUCCAGCAAUAUUCCAUUGCAAGAAUGGAGUUUGUAGAGAAUACCAAGGCUCCUUGAGUACAAAUGCCAUUUUAGACUUUGUGCAGAAUAAGAAAUGGCAGAAGAUUGACUCAGUACCUGACUGGCUAGGUCCUUCAUCAUUAGCGAUUGAAUUCCUCGUGCCCUUCUACACAUUUAAUGUGUUUUUGAAGAAUGUUCUAAAAUACUUGACAGAAGAGGCUGGCUUGCCGUUAUGGGGGUCCUACACCACGUUAGCAAUAUUGGUGCUCUUGAUAGGCGUGUUGGUGGCAAUGAUUCUCACCAGAUUGAGGCCUGAGAUGAUAGGCAGCCCAAUGGAGCUCGCAAGACUACAGUGGCAAGGUUUCAGGAAAUGCUGAUCCUAUAUAAGGUCAACCUUGCUCCCUGGCUGCAGAAGAACAAAGAAUGGAGUUUUGCUACUCCGCACUAGCAGUUGCAGCCAUGAGAAUGCUGAUUGCCUGUUGUAGAGGCAAUGGGCAUAGUGCAAAGACAUGGACAAGAGUAACCAUAUGUGACUUUGAGGAGCCUGUCACCCAUCCUUGUUUGGUGAUUGUGGCUGAAGCACCUAUGUGUGACUCUGGAAUUUGGCUGGCUGGAAAACUGAAGUUGAUCAGAACUGUAUUCUUUUAGCUAAUGGACUAAGGCCCUCUAAUUAUCUGCAGUUGCUGUACAGUUACUGCUAGGCCUGCUGGCAGGAUCUAGUAGAGGCAGCAUGGAAGGAAGCUGCUCUAAACAUGAUCGUACAGACAAAAGGUCCGGUGGGACCUGUGAUAACAAUGGCCAGAUGUAAAGGUUAACAUCUUGAUGUCAAUAAACUACAAACUUUAUUCAGAGGGAACAGCUCACCCUGAGCAUAAGGGGGCUUUGGAAAUGUGGAGCAAGAGUAGUGGCCACAUGGUUGUCCUGCAGGAUGAAGAUGCAGUGAGUGCUUUCACUCCUUUUGUACAAUAUACCCAACUGAUUUUUCUGUAUAAUAUCGAAGCAAUCUAGCUGAAUGUAAUCUAAUUCAUAACCCUUAAAGACAGUGUCAGAUCGAGUUUGUUCUGUAUUAAAUAUGCCAGCAAAUCCACCUAA